GUCAGCAAAAUGUCAAUACACGAAUUGUAAAGUAGCAUAUUUUUCUGAAUUUUUAACAAAAACUAUUCAUAAUUGAAUGUUGUCUAAUGUCUACGAUUCAAUUACUCUUGUAAAAAUGCAAGUGAAAGUGCAACAUCGAAAUUAGAUUGUACAAAACCAUGUUCUACAAAGUAAACAUAGUUUCUUUUCGGCUGAUGUACAACUGCACUUCAACAACAAACACAAUACUGUAAGCUUACUACUGUUCGAGACCAUGGAAGUAAUGGAUUUGAACGUCGAGUACGACCUGACCAAGAUAUGUCGUUCGUGUCGCCGAGAUGAUCAGCAAUUGCAGUCAAUAUUCCACUGCGUCGGACAAGAGGGCAUAACGCUGCAUGAAAUGCUCACAAACUGUACUCAAAUUCAGGUUCACUUCAACGACGGAAUGCCGCACAAUUUGUGUUCGUCGUGCGUCACCGAGAUUAAUACGGCAUAUAGAUUUCGAAAACGCUACGAACAAAGUGACAUGCUACUGAGAGAAUACCUCGCUCGUCGUAGGUCGGUGGUGGGUGACAGCACGGACGAUGCGUCCGGAGUUGUUAAAAUUGAAAUUUUCGACAUUAAACCGGAGAUAACGUUCAUCGAAGCGGAUCCGCUGAUCGGAGAAAAAUGCUUUGUGACUACGUUGGGUAAAAUGGCAGCGCCGUUGGGUAGCUUGGCAACGAAUGACGAUGAAGAGCACAUCGAAGAGUUGAUAGAGGAAAUCAACGACGAAGAACACUAUGCCGAACCGGAUGUUAUUCAGGCUGAAAUAGUGGACAACAGCGAGAAUGACGAUGACGACGACGACGACGAGGAGGAGGAUGUGGUUGAUGAGGGCGGAAGUAACGACGGGGAUGUGGAUUACGAUGAUGACAGUUUGGAUGAUAUGAUUGAGGAGUUGGACGUGGUAAAGCCGAAACGGAAACUGCAGGGAAAAAACAAAGGGUUUUCAAGAAUUAAAGGCGGCCGGUAUGCGUGCGAUGUCUGCGAAAGGAUUUUUAUGGAUAAACGUGGCAUAACUAAUCACAUGAAACUGCACGAGCCAAAAGAUUUGAAGCAGUGUACGAUUUGUGACCGAGGAUUCGCUACAAACUACCAUUUGGCAAGGCAUAUGAAGAGUCACGAAAACGAUACACAGUGUGAGCAUUGUGAGAAGAAAUUUUCCUUUAUGGCUUACAACGAUUACACCAGACAUAUGGCCCUGAUGCAUCCCGGCAAGGAUUUGAUUCCACAACGGAAAACUGAAAAACCCGAACGGGAGAUUGCAUUGAAUGCUUUGACGGCCGACAUGAUUGAAGAUAAAGGAAAGAUGGAAGCGAUCUGUCGGAUUUGUGAUACCACAUUCGAUCGAAUAGCGGAACUGAGGAAUCAUUUGAAGAUUCAUGCGGAUCCGAAAUCGUUUGUCAAUGUCAACAUUCAAACGAAACCAUAUCUGUUUGAAGAAGGUUACGUUCUGGAAAACUACUUGGACUAUCUGGUGCAGCAGAUCUGUAAAUGGGACGUCGUACGGUUCUAUCAGAUUGUGCAACCGGAUGGUGAAGAGCUGGAACUAAGUGAUUCCGAUUCCGAACCUGACGAGGGUGACACACCGGUGGAAGGUAUCGUCCGAAGGGAGCAUCUUUGCGCUCUUUGCAAUCACAGUUUUCCCAGAAUAAGCAAAAUUAUUGAACACGCGAGAGAUCAGCAUCAGGCGCAGGAACUGCUUAGUUGCAGGCAUUGUACGAAAGGGUUUCCAAAUACCACGCUUCUGGUGCGGCAUUUGAAACAACAAUGUGAGAAUUACCAGAAGAAAUUUCUUUGUACUUUUUGCAACGAGAAAUUUAUGUGGCAAACUAGCCUAAACAAACAUGCCCAGCGGAAGCACAAACCUACCAAACCUCUGUGGGAGAAACCGGAUGAUUUGAACGAAGCCGACGGUAAGGACAAGCAGUACGUCUGUCAGGUUUGUAGUAAAGCUUUCCAGCGACUGGAACAUCUGGAGCGCCAUAUCAAGAUUCACAUUCCGUCGGAGAAGAAAUUCGAAUGUACUCAGUGCCAUAAGAAGUUCAACCGAAAGGAUAACCUCCGGUCGCACAUGAAAAUUCACAAGAAGGAUCCGCAGCUGGAUGUCAAGCAGAAUCAUUUGUGCGUCUACUGUGGGCGCGGCUUCUCCAAUUCGUCAAAUUUAAUCGUUCACAUGAGACGACACACUGGCGAGCGACCGUACAAGUGUGACAUUUGUGACAAGGGAUUCCCGCGGUCAUCUGAUUUGCAGUGCCAUCGACGAACGCACACUGGUGAAAAACCUUGCCUGUGCACCAUCUGUGGCAAAGGUUUCUCCCGGUCCAACAAACUCGUGCGGCAUAUGCGCAUCCACACGGGAGCCAGGCCAUACACGUGCACCUACUGUGACCGUGCUUUCACCCAGUCGAACGAUUUAACGUUGCACAUCCGUCGGCACACCGGCGAAAAGCCUUACGUCUGUGGGGUAUGCAACGAACGCUUCAUUCAAGGUACGGCACUGAAAGCUCACCAACGGGUGACGGGUCACUUCGACGAUGGCAGUAAUCAACCGGAACGAUUCGCCAGUAUCAGCGUGAAUAACCCCAAUCGACUUGGAAUAAAUGGUCCGAAGGCCGUUCGUCAGGGAUCCUCGGCUGGCGUCUCUACCGAUGACUUGCCGAAAGUAGUUAAACCCGUAAAAUCGAGGAAAAAAGCUACUACCACAAAUACGCGGUCACCCAAAUCACAACCCACGUCAGCAUCGGUUCUGCCUACGGAAUCGUUACAAACAGAGGCUCUUCCGACAUCGGCCGCCAAUUCAGCACCCACAUCACCGACGGUUGUCGAUCAUAGCAGAGCCAACCUGCAGAAUCUGGUUGGUCCCCCGCACGGAUACGGUGCAGUGCCGUACAUCAUGCAAAACUAUGACCUUGCGUCGACCGGUUUGUUCUCACAGAAUUUCAGCCAGCAGUAGUAGUCUUCCGUGCGUGUCAACCGUUCUCUCUUUGUGUCCAGUUUCGUAAGCAUGUCGUGUAAGAAAUAGUGUGAAAUAGUCAAUAAAAACAACAGCAUUGUUGAUAAAAUGCCAUCUUAAA